AAACUUUAAAAUACAGAAUAUCUGUAAAACAACAGAUAUUUCAUCAUAUAAUGAAAAAAGAGAAAAUUCUGUAAAAAAAUACAGACAGUUAACUGUAAAAUGUGAUUGACUGAUCUUGUUGUUAAUGGUCAGCAGCCACAAGCCCUGUGAAUGGGAGCGUGACUGUGGAUGCCAUCCCUAUCGCUGGACGUCCCAAGGUUACCUUGGCGACUUGCACAACUUCCAGAAUUAAGCCUGCUGCUGAGGUGUCGUGGAAUUUGGGUGCUUUAUCUGAUUCUGUGAAGAUAUCAACCAACACUGUGAAACAUCUGGACGGGACGUUCACGGUCUCAAGCAGUCUGAUUGCCACUCCUACUGUACAGAUGAAUCAGAAAAUUGUCCAGUGUCUGAUCAGACAUGUUGCGAUGAAAGAGGAACUAAAAGUUGACCACAAGAUAACUGUGCACUAUCCACCUCAGCUUGUCUCUGUGACACCUUUCAAGGAUCUCUCCAGUGCUGAAGUGUAUCAGUGUGAAGCAGAUGCCAAUCCCGCAGUUACACAGUUCAAAUGGCACAGCACGCACCAGACUAUCCCUAAUGAUGCCAUUAAAACAGAAGGAAAUAAGCUCUACUUAUUAAAACUGACCUCUGACCUCACUGGCAUGUAUAUCUGUGAAGCUUCAAACGAGUAUGGUAAAGGAAUGGGCUCACUCUGCUGGCAAAAAGGAGAAAGAACAGAAGACUACCAUUCUGAGCUCUGAGCCCUUUAUACUGGAUGUAAGUGUGUGCACUUGGAUGGGUUAAAUGCAGAGCACAAAUUCCAGGUAUGGGUCACCAUACUUGGCCACACCUCAUGUCCCAGAAAUAGUGCACACUGAAAAAAAAAGACCAAAAUCAACUGGUUUUAUUACGAUUUAAAAAAAAAAGUUAUUUACCAUUAUACCAACAUAGUUAAUUUUUAUGUAUUAAAUCAGGUAACAAUUGCUCUUUAAAGUGACAGUUCUACACAUUCAUAGUACAGAAUCUUAAUCAUAGUACAGACAUAUUAUCUGAUAUAUAUCUGAUUUUCAUGUUAUGUCACCUUUAAAAUAAAUGUCUUCAUUUCAA